AUGUCCGAACCGCUGCCCCUGUCGUACGUGACCGCGCAAGAGAUGCGCUGCCUCCUGCACUGGCUGUCGGGCUGGGCCCCGGCGCAACGAGAGCAGUUCCUCCGCGACCUGGUGGACAAGGCCGUGCCGUGGAAGGUGCUCCCCCUGCUGGAAGGGCUGGCAGGGCUCAGCGUGGCACCCGGGAAGCCCCCCUCCAUCUUUGAGUGCCAGAUGAGGCUGUGGGACCAGUGGUUCCGCAGCUGGUCGGAGGCCGAGCGGAACGAAUUCGUCAGGCAGCUGGAGGAGGCCGUGCCGGAUCUGGCCUCCCGGUUUUACCAAGAGGUGGCGGCGACCGCUGGGCAGGCGUAA